AUGGAUAAAGAGCCAGAAAAUCAGGACAACAAUUAUUACGAACUCAAUAGCAUUAAUUCCCAUUCUUUUGAAUCUAUUGAUAAAUUAGAAUCAUCACUACGAUCCAAAGAAUGGUUAUGUUCUGAUGCAGUGUUUCCUACAGGAGAAUAUAAAGUUGAUAAAAAUAUUCCUGAAACUUACCUAAAUAGCGAUGAUAUAGAGAGAGUCACAGAUUCGAAUGUGUUCCCUCAAAAACGUUUAUUAUCUUUGUUUUUUAGUAACAAAGUCGAUCAUAUCCCUGAUAAUGAGAACGAGAGAAAAGUAUACCCACAUUUUAAUACUAAUAUAUUUUCUAAAAUAUUUUUAUGGUGGGUCACUCCGUUACUACGUGUAGGUUAUAAGAGAACUCUUCAGCCGAAUGAUAUGUUUAAGAUGGACGAACGAAUGGCCAUAUCUACAAUCUACAGCAAAUUUUUGAAAAAUUUAAAUUAUUAUCAAGAGAAAGCUCGAGCAAGUUAUAAGAAAAACCAUCCAAACGUUUCUGAUAAUGAAAUUAUAAAAAAUGCAAAACUACCAAAAUUGGUUUUAGCUAGAGUACUUUUCUUCACAUUUGAAAGACAAUAUUUGCAAGCAUGUGUUUUAGCUUUAUUAGCGAACUGUGGUUUGGGUUUUGUUCCCAUGUUAACAAAACGGUUAAUUGUAUUUGUUGAGAAAAAAGAGAUGAACCAUCAUCUAAAGGUUAAUAAAGGUGUCGGUUAUGCUAUUGGUUCUGCAUUGAUAAUGUUAUUCAGUGGUUUUGCGAAUAACCACUUCUAUCAUUACAGUAUGUUGACUGGUUCGCAAGCAAAAGCUGUUCUGACAAGAGCCGUUUUUAGUAAGAUGUUUAGGAUGUCCAAUUACUCAAAACACAAAUACCCUAGUGGUAAAGUUGUUGCGUUCAUUACAAAUGAUUUGGCUAGAGUUGAAUUUGCGUUGAUGUUUCAACCAUUUAUUGUUGGACUCCCCGCAAUUAUUAUAAUCGCUAUCGUUCUAUUAAUUAUCAAUGUAGGUCCGAUUGCAUUGCUUGGUCUAGGUUUAUACUUUGUUACUUUAUCUUGCUCAUUUAUUUUAUUAAAAAUGAUGUUUAAAUUUAGAAUUGCUACCAAUAUAUUUACUGAUGAAAGAGUUACUAAAAUGAGAGAAGUAUUGAGUAAUAUGAAGAUGAUCAAGUACUACGCAUGGGAGGACGCUUACUUAUCAAUUAUUCGGAACAUCAGAUCGAAAGAGAUAAAGGCUCUUCAGAAAAUGCAAUACGCUAUCAAUAUUGUCAUGGCGUUAGCAUUUUCUAUUCCUAAUAUUUCGUCAUUAGUCACUUUCCUUUGUAUGUAUAAAGUUAACAAUAUGGGAAGAACUCCUAGUAAUGUAUUUUCGUCCUUGUCGUUGUUUCAGGUGUUGAGUAUUCAAAUGUUUUUCUUCCCACUUAUCAUUAGUACAUCUGUUGACUUUGUCCUCAGUUUGAGUCGUGUUCAAACUUUACUCGAAAGUGAAGAGGGCAUCGAAAUCUUCCAGAACACUCAUAUUGCGAGUAAUGAAAUAGAUGCGGGGUUUGCUGUAAAAGUUGUGAACGCCUCCUUCGAAUGGGAGGAUUUUGAAUUAUUAGACUCCUUAGAGAAAGAGAAAGAAGAAACAAAUGAGAAAGACCAAAAAAAUGUAAGCAAAGAUAAAAAGGAAGUAAUUAAAGUAGAGUCAAAAUCAGUAUCCAACGAAGAACAAAAAUACAAAGAAAAAUCUAUAACAAAAUUUACUGAUUUAAAUUUUGAAGUUAAGAAAGGUGAAUUUAUUAUGAUCACAGGUCCUAUAGGUUCCGGUAAAACGUCUUUAUUGAACGCUCUUAACGGUACUAUGAACAAAACAAAAGGAAGUAUUUAUGUUAACGGUAGUCUGCUAAUGGGUGGUUACCCUUGGAUUCAAAAUGCAACAGUUAAAGAUAAUAUUUUGUUUGGUUGUCCUUUCGACCAAACCAAAUAUGAUAAAAUUAUCAAGGCUUGCUGCCUAGAAGACGAUAUGAAGAUAUUACCUGCAGGAGAUAAAACAGAAAUUGGUGAGCGUGGUAUUAACUUGUCAGGUGGUCAGAAAGCACGUAUUAACCUUGCAAGAGCAGUGUAUAGAAACGAGGACAUAUUUUUAUUUGACGAUGUACUAAGUGCUGUGGAUGCUCGUGUGGGGAAGACUAUUAUGGAAGAAUGUUUAUGUGGACUAUUAUCAGGGAAGACUAGACUAUUGGCAACACAUCAACUUUCUUUACUAGACCAUGCUGAUAAAGUAAUUGUUUUAGACUCAGAUGGGUCCUUCGAAAUUGGUACUGUCGAUAGAAUGAAAAAAGAAAACGAAACAUUAAUCAAUCUUUUAAAAUUUUCAUCCAAGAGUAAGGAAACUAAGAAAGGAAAUAUAGAAUCGAAUGAUAUGGUGAUUGAGGAACUAGAUAAUCUCAAUAAUAUUGAGGGAAACAGUCUUCAUAGUCAAAUUCAGGAUGGUAACUUAAUGGUCAAAGAAGAAAGAGCAGUAAACAGUAUCAAAUUUGGAAUUUAUAAGGAGUACAUUAAGUCUGGUAUUGGUAAAGCCGGUGGUGUAAUGAUUAUGCUUUUGAUCUUACUUAUUGCAGCUACUACAUUUUUCGGUAUAUUUUCGUCUGUGUGGUUAUCGUAUUGGACAGAAGAUAAAUUUAGUACAAGACCUACGAGUUUUUAUAUGGGAAUGUAUUCAUUUUUUGCAUUUGGGAAUUUCAUCUUUAUGGCUAUUCUCUUUACCUUAAUCUGCCACAUAGGAGUUAUGGCGUCUAAGAAAUUAAAUUUAAAGGCUGUGAGUAGAAUUUUGCACACUCCGAUGAGUUUCCUUGAUUCUACUCCGCUGGGUCGUAUCCUCAAUCGAUUUACCAAGGAUACAGACGCACUAGAUUAUGAAGUUACUGAUAAUCUACGUUUAUUCUUAUACCAAACAGGUGAGGUUAUUGGUGUUUGUGUUUUGUGUAUCGUAUACCUGCCUUGGUUUGCUAUUGCCAUUCCAUUUAUUUUGAUGGCUCUUGUAGUCAUUACUGACCACUAUCAAAGUUCAGCAAGAGAAAUCAGAAGAUUAGAGGCCAUCCAAAGGUCAUAUGUGUACAGUAAUAUUAAUGAGGUACUUGGGGGUAUGGAUACCAUCAGAAAUUAUAGGGCAGAGGAUAGGUUCAAAGCAAAAGCUGAUUAUCUAAUAGAUAAAAUGAAUGAAGCUAGUUACCUUUAUAUUUCUGUCCAGAUUUGGGUUGCCAUCUUUCUAGAAAUUGUCGCUACAGUUUUUGCGUUGAUUAUUACAUUGUUGUGUGUCACGAGAGCAUUCCCAAUUGGUUCUGGAUCAGUAGGUGUCCUAUUAUCAUAUGUCUUGCAAUUACCAAGUAUGUUUAAUAACGUCUUGAGAACUUUUACCCAAUGUGAAAAUGAUCUGAAUAGUGCUGAGCGGUUAAUGGAGUACGCCACAAAGUUGCCGUUAGAGGCGGCCUAUAAAAGAACCGAUUAUACUCCAAACGAUUCUUGGCCCCAACACGGUGUUAUUGAAUUUUCCAAUGUUUUCUUUUCAUAUCGUGAAGGACUUCCACCAGUAUUGAAAAACAUUAAUCUAAAUAUCACAGAUGGUGAAAAAAUUGGAAUAUGUGGGAGGACUGGUGCAGGUAAAUCUACUAUUAUGAGUGCUCUCUAUAGAUUAAAUGAACUCAAUAAAGGUACCAUCAAAAUUGAUGGUGUAGAUAUUUCGAAAUUGGGAUUGUAUGAUCUUCGUAGAAAACUGACAAUUAUUCCUCAGGAUCCAGUACUAUUCAAAGGUACUAUUAGAAAAAAUUUAGACCCAUUUGGUGAAUACGAUGACAAAAUGCUAUGGAGUGCUUUGGAGAAGAGUGGUGCAAUUGAACAGGAGGAAUUAUCUAAUGUGAAGUUAGAAACCACAAAUGAUAAGGAUACCCAUACAGAUAUGCAUAGAUUCCAUCUAGACCAAGUAGUCGAGGAAGAAGGAACUAAUUUCUCUCUGGGAGAAAGACAAGUGUUGGCUUUAAGCAGAGCAUUAGUUCGUCAAUCGAAGAUACUGAUACUUGACGAAGCUACCUCAUCUGUGGAUUAUGAGACUGACGACAAAAUUCAAAAACGUAUUGUUGAUGCAUUUAGUGAGUGUACCAUUCUUUGUAUCGCUCAUAGAAUUAAAACAAUAUUGGACUAUGAUAGAAUUAUUGUUAUGGAUAAAGGUGAAAUUGUGGAAAGUAAUUCUCCGUGGAAAUUGUAUUCUAACGAAUCGAGCAUAUUCAGAGACAUGUGUAUACGUUCAGGGAUUACAGAUGACGAUUUCAAAAAUUAG